AUGGGAGAUCCCGAGGAAACAUUUGGAGUCCCAGAUACGCAAGGUGACCCAAACACAAAGGAAUUGCAAAAUGAAAGCGAAGAAGAAAUUCAGAAAAGAACUUUGAGCAAAUCUCCGUCGCCGCAGACAACAUAUAUCCAACAGGGAAUGGAGGGAAUAAAAGUUUAUUUGCACGAAGGAGACCUCUGGACACGAUUUGACGAAGUGGGGACUGAAAUGAUAAUCACCAAAGCGGGGAGGCGAAUGUUUCCAAGCUACAAAGUAAAGGUGACUGGACUGAAUCCCAAAACAAAAUAUAUUCUAUUAAUGGAUGUGGUACCUGCGGACGACCAUCGUUACAAAUUCGCUGACAACAAAUGGUCUGUGACGGGAAAGGCCGAGCCGGCCAUGCCCGGAAGACUGUACGUCCACCCAGACUCGCCAGCGACCGGGGCGCAUUGGAUGAGGCAGCUCGUCUCAUUCCAGAAGCUAAAGCUAACGAACAACCACCUCGAUCCUUUUGGGCAUAUCAUACUGAAUUCCAUGCAUAAAUACCAGCCCAGGAUCCACAUCGUGAAAGCGGACGAAAAUAACGGUUUCGGUUCCAAAAACACGGCGUUUUGCACGCACGUGUUCCCAGAGACAGCUUUCAUCGCUGUCACGUCAUAUCAAAACCACAAGAUAACCCAGCUGAAGAUCGAGAAUAAUCCUUUUGCCAAGGGCUUCCGGGGCAGUGAUGACCUGGAGCUGCACCGCAUGUCCAGAAUACAGAGUAAGGAGUACCCAGUGAUGCCCCGCAGCGUGGUGCGGCAGAGGGGAGGUUCCAGCCCCAGCCCUUUCAGAGCGGAGGGGCAGUGCCUGGCCACGCCCCCAGGCCUGGGCUCCCCCUACUCCUGUGAGAGCGGGGUCGCCAGCCCCUCCCUGGAGGGGCGACCCCAGUCCGGCCCCUACCCCCUGCCCCACGAGCACAGCCAGGACUACCACUGCCCCAAGAGGAAAGUGGCCGAGGACAGUCACACAGGAGAGCACCUGUACAGGAAGUCCUAUUUGGAGAGCUCCCCGGGCGAAGGCGACCCGUACUACCGGCCGUCCGGCUACGGCCAGCCCCUGGGCCUCGGUGGCGGCCCCUACAGGACGGAGUCGGCGCAGCGGCAAGCCUGCAUGUACGCCAGCCUGUCCCCGGGGGCGGAGCUGGUGCCCGGGCUGGAGGACCUCAGCUGCAGCGCCUGGGCGGGAGUGUCCGCCUACGCCAGCUGCCCCGCGGCGGGGGUGCAACCUCCAGAACGCCUCCCCUACCAGCCCUUCCCCGCUCACUUCGCCCCCGGGUCCCUGGUGACCAGGCUGAGCGGGGCGACGGGCCACGGAUCCCCGCAGCGGGGCGACCCCCACGCCCACGCCCACGCCCUGUACCACAGCCCCCUGCCCUCCCAGCCCCUCAGCCGGGCCCACGGCCCGAACGCGGGCAUCCAGGCCCCGUCCAGCGCCCUCCAGGGUAACGAGUACCUCUACCCCUCAGGGGGACCCCACACCCUCUCCCCACACCAGUACCACACGGUGCACAGCGUGAGCAUCGUCCCAGACUGGAGCCAGAGCAGCUAG